GCGACACGCGCUCGCUCCUUGUAGGUUCGGUGGUGUGUGUUUCAAAAUUGUGUUGUGUUUUGAGUGCAUCUUACGUCGUCUUUUCCGGUGAGUCGAGCAGCUGUGACUGGAUCUCAGCUGUAUUACGUAGUCCGCAGAGUGGGUUAUUGCUGCCUCAACGAGAUAUAGGGAUUUCGCGUGGUAGAGAUGUCGCUGAGUGAAUGUGCGCCCUGAAGCUAAGUCACGGACUCUAGCCGGAUACCAUCACCGACGGGAGACGUCGUUAGUACUUCUCUCGAACCAAGCAUUACUGUCGGUGGAACAACACCGGCGCAUCAGACCAAGGGUCGCUGCGGACAACCAUCGGAGGCAGACCACAAAAAAUACGUCAUACCAGCUAACACUUGGCUACGCCCUGGAUUCUAAGCGACGUUCGCUUCUUACCCCGCAACGGAUCACGUAACGCGCGCUGAAAGGAGGGAGCGCCAGCCGCCAUGUCCUCGGAGCUGAGCGGCUUCCUGGAGGUGAAGGUGCCAUCGCGCGUCCGCAAGAGGGGGCUCACUCCUUGGAAGGCGUGGCGGCGGCAGUGGUGCGAAGCGCGGCCGGCAGCUGAGGAAGGCGCCGUUGAGCUGCAGUUCUCCGCGACGCCGGGAGGUGGCAGCACCAACACAGUGCACAUUCCGCACGGGGUCGUGCUCUGCCGCUCCGAGUCCCGGUCCCGCCAGUUCGCGUUCGGCGUGUACGAGCAGCCGCAGGUGGAGGGCCGUUCCCACUCUCAGUCCCAGGGCCUGGGUGUGGGUGUGGGUGUGGGCACGCCGCGGCGGCCGUCACUCUUCCUGGCCACCCCUAACGAGGCCGAGACGCAGACCUGGAUGGCGCACAUCCGCGCGCUGCUCGCCAUGGGACGCCCGCUGCCUGCUGCAUCAAGACUAGGGGAGAGCGACUUCGCGGUGUCACUGAUCGACAAUGCACACGCGCGUGCUGCCGGCCUAGCGGGCUACCACGGCGUGCUGAGUGUGACACCAACGCACCUGGUGCUGCGUGACCCCUUCCUGGAGGAGGUCCGUAUGCGCAUCGACUGGCGUCAGCUGCACCAGUGCCACGUAGCCGCCGCCACCAACCCUAGCGACGAGAAUCGCAUCUGCGUCCUACAUACCAGCAGCGCCUUCUGUGCGGGCGCGGGGCAGCUGGUGCUGUGGUGCGGGUGGCGCGCACCACGGCUGGUGCAGCGCGUCGUUUUCUCGCGGCUGGCGGCCGCCGCAGCGCCUGCUGUCCUCGCCGCUGCCCACACCGCCGUCUGCACCGCCUUCUCUACCGGCCGCUGCCACCGCGCCCGCAUCCACCGCCGCCUCUAUGGCCGGCCCACUGGUGGCACAGUCCGCCGUGUGCGCGGGCCUACGCGCUGCCAGCCGCCGGCUCAGCCGCAGCGAGAGCGACCUCGCGCUGCUGCUGUCCUGCUGCGCACGCACUCGGGGUCGCGCGACUCUGGCGUGCGAGUCUCCACCGCUUCCGACGACUCCAGCACCGGCCGCGGCAAAGGUAGUGGUACUCUAUAUCUGCGCUGUUUUCUAACAAUUACUUACUUUCUUCCUAUUGGAGGGGUGUCGAUUGCGUCGAGUCUAAUAUCUGCUGGCUUGGGGCUGAUGUUCUCGACACCAGGCUGCAGUGAAGUUGACUCAGAAUCUUUGCAUGAGUAUCAACAGAUUGGAAGCUUUGACAGUGAUGAGGAUGAUCAGGACCAGAUUCGGUAUGGGACAUCUCCGAGGAGGGAGUCUGGUAUUUCUGUGGCAUCUGGUAUAUAUGAGGAGAUAGAUGAAUCUGAAGUAUCAUCACAGAGCCAUUACGAGAAUCCUGUAUCUUUACACUGGACAACAUUAAUGAACAAGAGUGCCCCUCUACCUCCUCCACUGCCCCCACGGAAGAGACACGACUGCCGCACUAUCUGCAGUGUACGGAGUGAGGAGACAUUAGACGACUGCCGACCAUCGUCGAGGCUGGUUUCGUCACAAGUGGCCCUGAGAUACACUGAACGGCAUUCUGCAUCCUGUUCUGCUCUUUCUGACACUGAACCUGGAUACAUGCCUAUGUCCCCUCGCAUUCCAGUAACAGCAGCAGCUGAAGAACAGCUCUACAUGCCUAUGGCAAGCAUUGACAUAUCAUGACAUUUUUGUUUAUGGAGUAUAGUACUGCCAAACACUCCUGCACUCUCCAUCCCCAGGGUAAUUUUGGUCACUCCAAUUGAGGAACUAUGAAUUUAUUAGUCUUUCCACAAACUGACUUUAUUUUUUGUAUAAUUGAAACCCUUUUGAAAAUAUGAGUGUUAAUUUGUGUGUCACCAGCAAUCACUGUACACUCUUUUUCAAGAACUACGUAGUUCUCUGUGAUAUCUCUGGAGCUGAUGCAACAGUAGCUGGAUGUUAUCUUUUUGUCCACCCUGUCCAAAUAAUGCAGAUUUUAAUCAAUCCAAGAGCGGACCAGGGGAGGGGAGAUUCUUUUCAAUCCAUGAUGUACUGUUUCAUUGACAAGAAAAAGUAAAGCAAUUGAUAGUUGUGAAUUAAUGAUAAUGUGUUAGCAUAUUUCAUCAAGUAUAUAAUCACAUUUCCACUUGUGUUUACGCUUUCUAUGUGGGAAUACUCAACCUUGUUCUUUUGCAUACAUGUACUGAGUGUGUCCAAAGUACAUUUCAUUGCAGAAUGUAAUGUCUUUCAUCUUAAAGCAGGAAAACAGUAGAAAAAUAGAAGAUUCAAGUACUGUAUGCAUAAAAAUAAGAGAACUCCACAGAAAGGAACUUUGCAAUAGGCUUUCAAGGAAUACGGAUAUUGUAUGUUGAAACUUUUUCACUUAUUCAGUCUUCAGAACAUUUGCAGCAUGUGAGAUAUAGUAACCCAUUUUCAGUAUUACCCUUUCCUGUGUAGGUGUCCUUUCGUAAAUACAAGACAAUAUGAAUUAUGCAGAUCUCUGUAGCUCCUAGAAUUUUUAAUUUUGUAUUUGAUAGCCAGAGUAAUGCUGUAAAAUUUUAGGAGAGGAUAUGUCACAAAAACUUGUUUUUACAAAUGUGUGUCACAUAUCUCAGUUUUGAACAAACCUGCAGAAAGCAAAACAUUUAACACUGAUGGAAAGAAAUUCAGUGUAUGCAGUGCUGAGAAGAAAAUAUGUGUAUGAAGAAAGAGGAUUGAGUACCUUCAUGUUUGUGUCAUUUAAAGGGAACAGUAAAUAUGUUUGUGACGUUUUGUUUUGUUUUAAUUUGUGGGUUCAUCUCAUAGUAUUUGAUUUAAAGGCUUAAACAGAUGGUGUAAUGUGAUUAGUACAAAGUGUGGGUGAAUGAAGCGCACAAAUAUCUUGCAGAUCUGUAAUUGUCAGAGUUAUCAAACUGGUGAUGUUGAAGUAAAACCAUAGUGUUGAAUGAUACCAAAAAAGCAAAAUAUAAAUCAUAACAAUGUCUUUUUUAUGUGUAUACAGAAAAUGAAAUAAAUUUGUACAUU